CUUGAAUAAAUCUAUUCAAUGAUGAAGUGCCAUUCGCUUUAUUUUCUUAUGUCCAUGUUGAUGUUCCAGUUUACAUCAGCAGUUCCAUUCAAGAGCUUGAUUACUCAAGGUAAUAUUAGUAGGCCCGAUGAGGACCCUUUCUAUAUUCCAAAGGAAGGCUAUGAAAAGCUCAAGCUAGGAGAAGUGAUCAACUACAGAAAAUUAACCCAACCAUUGGGUAUUUUAUACUUCGAGAUGAAGGUCGAGUCCACCUACCAAUUUUUGGUUCGUUCCGAGGACUCCUUCGGUAAUCCAAAUGCUAUUGUUACUACUGUCAUGGUUCCUCACAAUGCUGACCCAUCAAAGAUCUUAUCUUAUCAAGCAGCUGUUGACGCUGCUGAUCCAAACUGUGCUCCUUCAUAUGCUCUUCAACUUGGCUCUGACCCAGGAACCUGGCUCACCACCAACAUCGAGCAACUCUUUUCACAAGCUGGUUUGUAUGAAGGUUGGAUUGUCGUUAUUCCGGAUUUCUUGGGUCCAAAGUCUGCCUUUUGUGUCGGUCUCCAAGCUGCGCAUGCUACAUUGAACUCUUUGAGAGCAGUCACAGCUUCUGGUGACAUUACUGGUGUCAAUAAAGAUGCUGAAAUUGUUCUCUGGGGAUACUCUGGUGGUACCCAACCAACCGUGUGGUCUGCCACCUUGUUUGAGCAGUACGCUCCUGAGUUGAACAUUAUUGGUGCCGCUGCUGGUGGAGUUUUGGUGAAUCCUAAUAAUAUUGCUCACCUCACCAUGGGUGGCAUUUUUUCUGGUCUUGUCGUGAAUGCUAUCAAUGGUUUUGGCAACGAAUAUGGUGACUUGAAUGACUUCAUUAAGGAUAACAUCUACAAGGAAGUCCAAGACAAAUUUUUCAAGGCUAGAACACAAUGUUUGGUUCCAAGUCUAAUUGAAACUUUCUACACGACAUGGGAAGACAUUUCUCCUCUUGGCGAUAAGCUUUUGGAAGCUCCACUUUUCAAGAAAUACAUUGAGAUCAAUAACUUGCUUAAUUUGAAUGCUACACCAUCAGUACCAUUUUUCUUCUACAACUCGCAAGAUGAUGAAAUUAUUCCUCCUGCUGAUGCUGAUGACCUUUACGACAAGUGGUGUGCCCAAGGUGUGACAAUUGAGUAUCACCAAGAUGAAAUUGGAGAGCACAUUACCCAGGCUGUUGCUGGUUCUGGCCUUGCCUUCAAUUGGAUUAAAAGAAGACUCACAGGAGCUACUUUGGAAAAGGAAUGUAAAAAGACAAUUUCGUUCUCCAAUAUUUUGAACUUAGAAGGUUUUGGUAGCUUCGCCGAAAUUCUUGGAGAUGCUCUUUCAACUAUUCACGAGAAAGAAAUAGGACCAAAAUCACCUACUUCUUCUGUAUUGAUUUCGAACACCACUGUUACCCACAAAUCAUCCAGCUCAUCUAGCGCUUCGACUAUCGUUGCCUCUAAGACAAGCUCAAAUGCCACUUCGACUGCUACAUCCAGCUCAUUAUUGGGCUCUCUCAUCGGUCUUAUCUUCUAAUUGCAUUAAAAUAGCAGGAGACUUAAUUAAGAGUCCAGCACUCGUAUAUACCACAUAGAGUAGAUAAGAAUAAAAUAAAUAGUAUGCAUCGUAGGGUUAUCAACUCUGGUUGAAUUUCAGCUUCUUUACAAUUAGUAUCCUUGCACUUCACAAUGGCCUAAUCAGAGAUUGUAAUACAAUUGCCUAUCUUAUUCGUCCUUAAUUGGCACUUCUGGCAUUCCUGAUAAGUUUAUGAUUCAAUAGUUCCGGAAACUAAUACUCCAGUUUGCGGAGAUUGCUCUUCAUGUACAAAACGCAGAUACCUCAAUUAUGAACUGACAUUUGUCGAUGAAAUUUAAAAAAUGAGGGUAUUUUAAUAAUUCCCGGGGUAGAAAUUAUGUAUAAAGUCACACUGAACAUAACUCUAGUGUGUAGUCUAAUAAUGUUGGGAUUAGAGAUGUAGAAACAAUUCCACUGAGAUUGACCUGUGCAUCUGAAUAAUAAAACUUC